CUGAGUUUAACAGCGGCAGCCAUGGAUGACAAGGGUUCGGUGGGGAAGAUUAGCCUGUCUUCAGACUCAGUGUCCACUCUCAACAGUGAGGACUUUGUCCUCGUGUCCCGGCUGGGGGACGAGACACCCUCCUCCACUAAUAAUGGUAGUGAUGACGAAAAGACAGGACUGAAGGUGAUUUCUGAGGAAGGGGUCAGCUUUAAGAUCGUGGGAAAUGGAAGUGAGCAGCAGCUCCAAAGGGAGUUGGAGGAUGUCCUGAUGGACCCAUCGGUGGCAGACACUGUCCUCAGAUCAGAAACAGAGAUGGACGGUCUUGGUAGGGGCGACCAUGGCCCUCUCCCUAGUACAGCCUCACCGGUAGCGCCAGGCUCUGACCCUCUGAGCGCAACCCCCCCCAAGCUGGAGAUGAUGCUUCCUGUGCAGACGGCCCAGGAGAGUGAGCUGAAUGAGAGGUCUUACAGAGCAGAUGAAUCGUCAUCAGAAGGCAGUCCUGGCAGUCCAAUUCCAGAUGAGGACAGCGUUGUUUUUAGCCAGCUGACAUAUCUGGGGUGUGCUUCGGUCAAUGCCCCCCGGAGUGAGGUGGAGGCCCUUCGCAUGAUGAGCAUUCUCAGAGGACAGUGCCAAUUACCUCUGGAUGUCACGCUGUCUGUGCCAGGUGUAUCUGAAGGCACUGUCAGGUUGUUGGAUCCACAUAACAACACAGAGAUUGCCAACUACCCUAUCUACAAGAUUCUGUUCUGUGUGCGAGGCCAUGAUGGCACACCAGAAAGCGACUGCUUCGCCUUCACCGAGAGCCACUACAAUGCCGAGAUCUUCAGGAUCCAUGUGUUCCGCUGCCAAAUCCAAGAAGCGGUGAGUCGGAUACUGUACAGCUUUGCCACAGCCUUUCGGCGCUCAGCAAAGAAGGCCCUUCUGUCAUCUCAGCAGACUGCUCCGCUCACGCCUGACAGUGACCUGUUUACCUUCACCGUUAGUCUGGAGAUCAAGGAGGAUGACGGCAAGGGUACUUUUAGUGCUGUAGCAAAAGACAAGGACAAACAGAGCUUCAAGCUGCGUGCGGGACUGGACAAGAAAAUUGUCAUUUAUGUCCAGCAGACCUCCAACAAGGAACUGGCCAUUGAGAGGUGUUUCGGACUCUUGCUCAGCCCAGGGAAAAAUGUCAAGAACAGUGACAUGCACCUCCUGGACCUGGAGUCAAUGGGAAAGAGCUCAGAUGGGAAGUCUUACAUCAUUACAGGAAGUUGGAACCCCAACACGCCUCAGUUCCAGGCUGUGAAUGAGGAAACGCCCAAAGAUAAAUUCAUGUACAUGACCACAGCAGUGGACCUGGUGAUUACCGAGGUGGAGGAGCCGGUCCGUUUUCUCCUGGAGACCAGGGUCAGGGUGUGUUCUCCAAACGACAGACUGUUCUGGCCCUUCAGCAAGCGCAGCUACACUGAGACCUUCUACCUUAAACUACGCCAGAUGGAGCGGAAAGAACGGAAGAGUCCUGCCUCUGACACACUUUAUGAGGUGGUGAGUUUGGAGAGCGAGACAGAGAGAGAAAAACGGAAAACCACAGCUAGUCCCAACAUCCUUCCUACUGGACCAGGUACCAUGGCCCCUUCUCCCCCUGAGGAAGAUGAAGAGGAAGAUAAUGAUGAGCCCUUGCUCAGCGGGUCAGGCGACGUUUCCAAGGAGUGUGCUGAAAAGAUUUUGGAGACAUGGGGAGACUUGUUGUCCAAGUGGCACAUGAACCUGUCAGUGCGGCCCAGACAGCUGCCGGCUUUGGUGCGGAGCGGCAUCCCCGAGGCGCUGCGUGGGGAAGUGUGGCAGCUCCUGGCUGGGUGCCACAACAAUGACCACCAGGUAGAGGAGUACCGCACUCUGAUCACAAAGGUAAGAGCUCUCAGAAGAGUCCCUGAUAUCUUAGAAUUCAGCAAGUUUGCCUGA